AUGGAAGAAAACUCAAAUAAAAAUACAUCAGAUGAAUGUGCAAAAAUUUCUGAUUUAUUCAAAGACGAAAAUAGGAACAUCGAAAACUUCAAAAAAAAAAUCAAGGAAAAUAAGAGAAUGGUCCCAUCGAGGAAAAAGAAGAGAGAAAUAAAAGACGCCGACUCUGAGGAAGAAGAGGAGGCCCUAAAUAAAGAGAAAAUACUAAAAAUUCAGGAACGAGAAGAGGAAGAGGGUAAUAAUGGCGUAGCGAAUUCGGAGGAAGACCAAGAACUUGAUAAUGACAGUGACGAAAAGGAUGAAUAUUAUAAAAUUCAGGAAGAACACGAAGAAGAAGAUGCUAGGGGAAAUAAUCUGGGGAAAAAAAAAAGAAAAUCCAAAUUGAAAAGAAAAAUCGACCAAGAGGAGAAUGCGGGAAAUGGUGGCACAGAACAGAACACGGAAAAUGACUUUACUAGUAAGGACAACAUUUUUGGGGAUCAGAACUUUUCAGAUGAAAGCCAAGGCAGCAAAUAUCAUGAGGAAGAAAAUAACGACAAUUCUGAUAACAGAGACAACGACGAUGAUGAUGAUGAUUAUAAUGCUAAUGAGAAUAGUGUAAAGGAAAAGAGAAAAAAAAAAAAAAAAAAAAAACUACUUUCUAACAAAGAUAAGAAAAUAAGCGAUGGAGAUAAUAUGGAGGUAGAGGAUGAAGGAAAAAAAAGGAAAAAAGAGAAAUUAAUAGAGACAACAAAUAGCAAGUUUAUAGACAGUGUAGCAGAAGAAGGGGAAGAGGCGACGGAUGAAGACGAAAGUGAAGAUGACACCGAGGAAUACGAGGAAGAAGAUCUAAGUAUCGAUGACAAGGACGUAAAAAAAAAUAAGAAAAAGAAAAGAUCUCGGAACAAUGAGAACUUUAACAAUUUAAGCAUAUUAGAUGAUGAAAGAGGAUACGACAAUGAUGUAGUGGAUUCGAACAAAUCUGAAAAAAAAAAAAAAUCUCAUUUUGAUGAAAUAUUAGAAAAUUUGAAAAUGAAAAGAAAAAGAGUACAGAAAAUUUCGGAAGAUGAUGGUCUACAAUAUUGUGAAAACGUUUUAAAUCAAAUGAUUUUAAUGCAUGAACAAGAUGUAAAAAAUAUGAAAGAAAAAAAACCAGCAACAGCUAAACUUCAAACAAUUGAUCAAGUAUGUAAAAUUCUAACAAAGCCGAAAUGGAAACCUUUUUUUAUGAAAUUAAAUAUAUAUCACGUAUUAGCAUUAUGGUUAAUGCCAACAUCGAAAAACACUUUACCCAAUUUCACCAUAAGGACUAAUUUACUGAAAGUUAUACAACAAUUACCAAUUACUAUAAAAUCCUUGAGAGGUAGCCAAUUAGGAAAAAUAAUGACAUACUUACACACACAUAAAGAAGAAACAGAAGAAAAUAAGAAAUUAAUCAGAAGUAUUUUACAAAAUUGGAUGGGACCCAUUAUAGGUAUUAAUACAAAUUAUAAACAGUUUUUAAAAGAAAGGCAAAAAAGAAUAUUAGAAAAUCCGGAAUAUCAUAAAAAAGUUCUUGAAAAAGCAAAAACGCUCAUACCUGAUUCCAUAUGUAUUGAAAAAGAAGAAGAACAAAAUGAAUUUAAAAGACAUGCUACCAUACCUUUCAAUAGUGAAUGUUCCUUUUUAAUUAACGUACCGUCAUCUGUUCCUAGUUCGAGUAAAAAAAUUCUUCCAAAAAGUAAAAUAAAGAGGCUUACUGAUAAUAUGAAAUUAUUGAAGAGAGCUAGAAAAUCACAGAAGGUAUCUAUUGAGGGAAAGGGGAUUGCCAUGUAG